UUCAGUAUAACAAUUUCUACUGUGUUGGUGCAAGGUACAUCGAUGACGACGUAAAGGAUGCGAAAAACUCUCCAAUACUCCGUUUCAUACUUUGAAAAAUCUAUGGCGAAUAUGGAAAACUGAUUUUUCUAAAUCUGUCUCAACUCUGUAUUAGUUGAUCCGAUAUUCAAGAGCAGUGCUAGAAACAAAUUAGUUUUGUUCGGAAAGUGUAUUCGUACUCAUAUAUUAAAUCUUUUUGGCGUUCAUUAUACGAAAAUACUUCCACUUAAAUGUAACAUAAUUUUCUAUCCAACAUAUGAGUAUUUAUUUUGGGCGAGAGCUAUCAACAGUGUGAAGAAUGGCCUCUAGUUGUAACACCGUAGAGAAUAGGGGCAACAGAACCAUCGGCCUUAGUCCGGAAUGCAAUGAAAAACAGUGCUAAACCAUACAUUACCCUUGCUGGGAGAGAUUAAUAAUAAUAAUAGCUGCCAAAAUAUGAUGGAAGACCCAUUCUUCGUAGUGAAAGACGAAGUAUUCAAAGCGCUAAACAAGACACGUGGACUGUAUCUUCGGUGGCGUGAACUAAACGAUGCUCUAUCCGGUGGCACUACAGCGGAGGCCGAGUGGACUACGACCGAACUGAAAAAUUCGCUGCGUAGCAUCGAAUGGGAUUUGGAGGAUCUCGAAGACACAAUCAGUAUUGUAGAGAAAAAUCCUAGCAAAUUCAAGAUCGACAACAAGGAACUAUCCAGUCGGCGCUAUUUCAUCGAUGCUACUCGGGAUGAAGUGAAAUCCAUGAAAGAUCGCAUGAGCAUAAAUCGCAGCCGCGACCGAGACAUCACUGCAAGACAACCGUUACUAGAUAACUGCGACAAAGAUUCUCCCCAAAAUCAGACGAAUACAAAUUUUCUUAACAACAAUAGUUGCAUUAUUGGUAGUGGUGGUGGAAACAUCAGCUGUAAUUUGAACAACAACAAUCUCAAUCUCACUGGGAAGAAUCUGAUAAGUUCUGCCGGUGCAGCAAUGUCAGCCUCACGACAUAGUGGCGCUAAAUACUCCAAGCUGGAGAACAACUUGGACGAGAGUCCGACACACUAUGCCGCCUCGUCGUCAGUGUUAGACGGUGGAUCGAAUAGAUUCCUCGAAGAUACGCUCGUUACCCAGCAGCGAAUACUGGCCUCCCAAGAUGAGCAGCUGGAUGUUAUUAGCGAUUCGAUUGGGACUCUUAAAACCGUUUCUCGCCAGAUCGGUAUCGAGCUCGAGGAACAGGCUGUGAUGCUGGAUGAGUUCGGAAACGAGCUCGAACAAACCGAGUCAAAGCUGGAUUCCACGAUGAAGAAGGUAGCCAAAGUACUGCACGUAACUAACGAUCGUCGACAGUGGAUGGCGAUAUUGGUACUGUCAUUCGCACUAUUAGUUGUGAUAAUAAUGUAUAUUAUCCUUUAAGUUAGAUGAAUUCUUAUUAACGGUAGUGGUAGGACUUCUUGUAGAAGGCAACGAAACAUAACAUUCGAGAUUAUAAAGAAUUUAAACGUUGGAACACACGUUUGCGUAGGAUGUUUAUUAGUCAGGGAAACUAUCUCAAAAAACAGACAUUUAAAUACCAUUAUUCUCCGUAGUUUGAUUGAAGCUCGAAGAAUGAUUUUCAUUACAACAGCACAUUCUUUUUUCUUCGGCCAUAUUUUGAAUCUGAACACUUGAAUAUUUAAAACAAAGAUCAUUUAACGUUUUCCAAAGCAAUUAAUGUGUGAGUGCUACCAAUCUCGGGCAAAAGUAACCAAAAUGGCACACGUUUUCACGACUCAUUACGUAUCGAUGAGAUGCUGGUAGCAAGUGAAGUAACUAGGCGAGCCUUAUAGGCAAGAAAUGUAAAGAGAGUGUAACAGUAGUAUCCGGUAGGUAUAGAGAUUAUUCCGCUUACAGUUAUAUGACGAGUGUAAAUAUUAUGGAUGUGUGUGUUCAUUCAAGGACUUGUACUGAAGUAAGAGGGAUUAUUUUCGACUAAUUUUAGGAUCCAAGGCAGCAGUAGUUAUACAUAUUGCUCUCGAAGGAUUGCUAACAUAAGCAAAGGAAUAGCUUUAUAAAUUCGAUGUGAGCUACUACCAUUUAUUUCUGUAGGACUAUAAAGAAUUACUAUUAGAUAAUUCAAGCAAAGGGCGUAUUGUAUUGUCUCUUUCAGUAUCCUAAAUUUAAUCUGCAAUGGGAGAGAAAACUAGUCACGCAAUUUGAGCGACGGAAUGAAAAAAAACAAAAACUCAAACUUGACAUCCAGUAAAAAUAGAGUUCAUCAGAAUAGGAAUAGACAAGUUGAAACUGUUUGUGUUAAUUCGUAUAAGCCACAUGUAUUUAUACUGAUACUUUUCUGACUCACUUCCACAGUACAAAUAUUUCUCUACAUGACAUGCACCCCAUGCGAGCGUUAGACUUAUCCGAUGGUUGAUAGAUAUAUGCACACGCUUAAUUGUGCCAAACUUGGUUUCAAAAAGUUAUAUUUUUUCCGGUUAUCAAUAGAGCACAAUUUUUCAUAAGACGAUCAGUAUUAUCAAAUUAUACGAAAUAUGUGAUGUGUUCACUGGCAAAUACUCGCCACAUUACGAAAAUCCAUGGAGCUCUAGCAUAAUAUUUUCAACAAUUUCCAACAUAUUCUUCAAAAUCAUUUAUUGAAUUCAAUUAUUUGUCUCCAUUAAGGUAUAUUAGGAAAAGAAUCAAGCUUUUUUUCAUGCUGAAUCUAUUACACUUGAUUGAGUCUAUUGAGCAUUGAGUUUAUAAAGUUUCGGAUGGCAUUUCAUUUGAUUAUAACGAUAACUCUCAAAAUGACAAGACGAAUAGAGAGUUAAUUCGACAAGAAAAAGAAAAUGAACCAAUGUGAACCUUUCCAAAUCGAUUAUAAGGGAUUAUUCAUUUAGAAGUAAUCAUUGCACGAUAUUUUUUUCAAUUUUUAUCUAACAUUUGAACAGUUGGAGCAUGUAUCAUGAAAGGGAAUAAUAACAAUGGUUUAUACAAACAGUAUCCAGAAAUAACAAUUUUCACACAUAAGACUAACACAAAACGGUAGUAGAACAGGAUUUUUUCAUUGAUGCUAGUGAAGGACAAAGUAGGAAUGAAACAAAAAAAAACAUUUAAAUUAUUUUGAAUAUAAACUUUCAACAGUAUA